AUGGGUAGCCAAGUUGAGCAACGCUUGAUUCCUCAGGCCCUUGCAGACGCAUUGGCAGAAAAGCCUGACCGCACCUGGGUGUCAUACGCCAUCAGCAACAACAUCGCACAGGAUGGAUUUCGCAACAUCACCAUCCGCCAGCUCGCAACUGCUGUUGAUCGACUAGCCUGGUACAUCGACAACAACAUCGGCAAAAGCAGCGAUUUCGAGACAGUCAUGUACUAUGGUCUCGCCGAUGUGAGGUACAUCAUUACCCUCAUUGCUGGUAUCAAAACCGGGCACAGCGUCCUUUUCUGCUCCCACUUCAACAGCCAGAUAUUCAACCUUCACCUCUGCGAAAAGACCAACUGCCACACUGUCAUGCGAACGGAGGGAGUAGAAGCAGUAAUUGACUCCCUUGCACAAGAAAGACCCAUGAAAGUCUUCCAAGUCCCAACUCUCGACACUCUUUUGGAGGAAGGCGAUCCGCCAAAGCCUUACCCCUACACAAAAUCCUGGAGAGAAGCAUGCGACGACCCCAUAUCUAUCGGCCACUCUUCGGGAACUACAGGUCUUCCUAAGCCAAUUGUCUGGACCAACCGGUCCUAUAGCGUCUGCGAACUGCACCAGGUUGUUCCAGACCUGGAUGGUCACCCGCCGUACGCCAAGUUGCUGCUUCAGUCGACCAGCGUUUACCAGACCCAACCGAUAUACCACCCGUUCGGUCUCUUUACUGGAGUGACUGAUCCCCUUUAUCGGGAGAAGAAGAUGGUGCUGGGGCCCAUCGUCAGCGGUCCAACUCCGCCUGCCAUUCUUGAGCAGGUGAUUGAGCACGCCGAUAUCGAUAGUCUCAGUGGCGUCCCCAUCUACCUGGAGAUGAUUGCAAAGUCGCCAAACCUCCUAGAUUUGGUCGAAAAGAAACUCAAAUACAUCUUCUUUGCUGGGGGUGCGCUCAGCAAGCCCGCAGGCGAUGCACUGUCUGCUAGGGUCCGCCUCCAGAGUUUCUACGGGGCUACCGAGGCAGGACCUGCAUUCGGUCACAUACCAGACCGUGAAGACUGGGCUUGGUUGCUGUUGAACGACAAGGAAAGUGGCCUCAAAUGGGAACCGCGCGAAGUCAAGGGGGCAGACGGCGUAUAUGAGUUGGUCUACGUGAAGAAUCCUUACACGGAGAAGCGUCAGCACGUCUGGUGGCACACCAAUAGCCAAGAUGUGUACCACAGCAACGACCUCUUCACCAAGCACCCGACAAAAGCGCAUCACUGGAAAUUCUACUCUCGAGCGGAUGACAUGAUUGUAACCAAGUUUGGGUGGAAUGUCAACCCUGUGGUUAUGGAAAGAGAGAUCGAGAGGCAUCCUGCUGUGAAAUAUGCAGUCGUUGGAGGUAUUGGAAAGCGGACUGUCUGCGCGGUAACACAGCUUGUUGACGAUGAGUCUGAAUUGCCUGAAGAUCCCCUGCAAAGCAUUUUGCCCAUGAUCGAGAGAGGCAACACCAUCAUGGAUGCCGCGGGACAAUUGGCCAAGGAGAAGAUCAUUUUUGGCACAAAAGACAAGCCUUUUCCAUUGGCUGGUAAAGGUAAUGUUCAGAGAUCAGCGGUUUUGAAGUUGUAUGAACCAGAGAUUGAAGACAUGUAUGUGCGCGUUGGGGAUUAG